ACGCAACGUUAGACACGUGACUAAAACCAGGAAGUGGCUUCAGUAUCAACAAAAAGCCCGUGGUCUGUGUAGCGUCAUUAGGCAGAGAUGGCCUCUUCAGAAUGGAAUCUGUCUUUGAAGCUGGUUGAUCAGCCCAAGUCCACCUUCCAAUUUCCUGAGAUGAUGCCAGGUGAUGUUCCACCUGGAGGGUACAGGGUCGCCACGCUAAAACAGCUUGUUGCAGCUCAGUUUCCAGACUGCAUCCCAGACCCUGAACUAAUAGAGUUGGUUCACUGUGGGCGUAAACUUAAAGAUGACCUAACACUGGAUGCCUGUGGGAUUCAACCAGGAUCUACUUUACACAUCCUCAAAAAGACAUGGCCAGAGCCAGAGAGCAGUCCAGAGCCUGUAAACAGAGUUACUGCAGCAAGGGAGUUCAGGGUGUUUCAUGCUGCUCUUCAUUCUCUUAACUCUGCCUACAGGGACUCGGUAUAUAAAAUGCUGACAAACAAAGAGUCUCUGGAUCAGAUUAUUGUAGCCACACCAGGACUCAGGUCAGACCCUGUUGCCCUAGGAGUGCUCCAAGAUAAAGAUCUCUUUGUGCAGUUUACAGACCCGAACAUGCUGGAUGUAUUAAUCAGUUCACACCCGGCCCUUGUCAAUGCCAUCAUCCUGGUCCUGCACUCUGUGGCAGGCAGUAUGCCCACUCAGUCCAGUGCCAGUUCUUCUCGCAAUGUAUCAUCCAGUUCUUACAGCGAUAUGCCAGGAGGCUUCAUGUUUGACGGCAUGUCAGACGAUGAGGAUGAAUUCCAGUCUAGUAGCCCAGCAGGCCCCUCCAGCAGAGGCGGAGUCUCAGCGGGAAUGCGACCAGUGUCCCUGAGCCACAGUGGAGCAACAGGACCGAGACCUAUCACACAGAGCGAGCUGGCAACUGCUCUGGCCCUCGCUAGCACUCCUGACAGCAGCGCUGUCACUCCAACGACGACAAGCCAAACGGACCCCUCCAGUGGCGUAGCCCCCAUGUCAGCAGGGACACCAGUCAGUAACGAUCUUUUCAGCCAGGCACUACAGCAAGCUCUACAAGCCACCAACAUGUCUGCUCUGCAGGGCCGCUGGCAGUCCCAGAUGCAGCAGCUCAGAGAUAUGGGGAUCCAGGAUGAGGAGCUGAUGCUGAGGGCGCUGCAGGCCACAGAUGGUGACAUCCAGGCUGCCCUCGAGCUCAUAUUUGCCGGAGGCCAGGGACUCUGAGCCCAUGCCCCAUGGACAGCCUUUUAUAGAUAAGAGAGCUGGAACAACAGUGCAAAUUCUGAGUGACAGUAUAUCGACUUCUUAAUGUUAUGCAAUACAGGACAGAACCAGUUCAGCUGACCUCCACAGGCCAUUCGUUUCUUAUUGAUGACAAAACUCUUCUAAUAAAUCUGAUCACAAUUAA